AUGAAGAACCUCCAAGCCGUGGCUGCUCUAAGUGAGAAGGAGUUCACUAACAAGGACAAAUUAGCGGAUAAACAAGACCUACUUGAGGUGUACAACUCGGAAAAGCGCCGGUUGGACUUGCUCCAAAUCAAACACAAACAUGUUCAGAAAGCAUUCAUGGCAUCUUACGAUCGGUUUAGGUCUCUUCAGCGUCACACACUCCAGUUGAGGGAAGAUAUGGCCGCCUGUGAGAACUUACUGAUGGAAGCAGAGCAAGAUUGCUUGGACUGUGGAGCAGCUUCCCGUGAGGCCGAUAGAGAGAUGGAGGAUUGUUUAGGGCGUCUGAAAGAGACCUCUGCGAAGAUGGGAGAAAAGGCGCAAGUGGUGAAACGAUCCUUGAACUUAGGUAAUGUGUUCUUUAAAGUAUCUGUGUUUAUGAUAACUCUGGUUUUUGCGUGUAUGCAGACUAAAACGGAGGAUCCUGGAGCAAGAGAAGUACCGUGA